GAUUCACCCUCAACUGCUAAUCACCGACACCUGAACGAUAAUGAAAGCAGCGAUGACGCCACCGCCAUGGGAGCACCUCAAAGCUCCAACCUUCAUCAAAAUCACUGUUUUCUCUCUCCUCUGCAUCUCUCUCUUCUUCCUCUUCUCUUCCUUCUCUUCAUUCCCUUUUCCUCUCAACGCUACCACUCCGCCGCCUCCAUUGCCGCCGUUUCCGGUGCUUGAGAAGACGGGGAUAGUCGACGAUAAUGGCGCCAUGGUUGACAAAUUCGAUGUCGGCGAUUUCGACCAGAAAUCCGCCAACGAAAUGCUCGCUAAUCUCACCCGGAAAUACGAGGAGAGAGAAAAUGAGAGGAAUAAGGAAGUUAGGGUUAGGGUUUUUGAGAAGUUUAAGGUGUGUAAUGAAAGUAUGAGAGAGUUUAUUCCUUGUUUGGAUAAUGUUGAUUCAAUUCGUCGCUUGAAUUCGACGGAAAGAGGUGAGAAAUUUGAGCGGCAUUGUCCUGCAAUUGGGAAAGGUUUGGAUUGCUUAGUUCCUGCUCCUAAGGGUUACCGUUCUCCUAUUCCAUGGCCUCAGAGCCGUGAUGAGGUAUGGUUCAAUAAUGUACCUCACACACGGCUAGUUGAAGACAAAGGAGGCCAGAAUUGGAUAUCAAUUAAAGGAGACAAAUUUGUGUUUCCUGGUGGCGGCACACAAUUUAUUCAUGGUGCAGAUCAGUACUUGGAUCAAAUUUCUCAGAUGGUUCCUGACAUUAAAUUUGGCCAUAAUACCAAAGUUGUCUUGGAUAUUGGUUGCGGAGUGGCUAGUUUUGGUGCAUUUUUGCUGCAGCGUAAUGUUAGCACUCUUUCUAUAGCUCCAAAAGAUGUUCAUGAGAACCAGAUUCAAUUUGCACUUGAGCGUGGCGUGCCAGCUAUGGUAUCAGCUUUUGCAACUCACCGUCUGUUGUAUCCAAGUCAAGCUUUUGAUUUGAUUCACUGUUCAAGGUGCAGAAUAAAUUGGACACGUGAUGAUGGAAUCGUGCUUCUUGAAGCUAAUAGAAUGUUGAGAGCUGGAGGAUAUUUUGCAUGGGCAGCACAGCCAGUGUAUAAACAUGAAGAUAACUUGCAGAAGCAGUGGAAAGAAAUGGAGAAUCUUACGUCCAGCAUUUGCUGGGAGCUGGUAAAAAAGGAGGGUUAUAUUGCUAUAUGGAGGAAGCCUUUAAACAACAGCUGUUACCUAAAUCGUGAAGCUGGUGCACAACCUCCACUUUGUGACCCAAACGAUGAUCCAGACAGUGUUUGGUAUGUGGACCUGAAGGUCUGCAUUACGAGGAUACCUGAUAAAGGAUAUGGAGCUAACGUGUCCACUUGGCCUGAACGCCUGCAUCACCUACCAGAUAGACUGCAAACGAUUCAGAUGGACGCCUUUGCAGCCAGAAAGGAACUUGUGAAGGCAGAGUCUAAAUAUUGGAAGGAAAUAAUACAAAGUUAUAUUCAUGCCUUUCGUUGGAGGGAGUUGAAGAUACGGAAUGUAAUGGAUAUGAGGGCUGGCUUUGGAGGGUUUGUAGCAGCAUUACAUGAGCAUGAUCUUAAUUGCUGGGUUAUGAAUGUUGUCCCAGUCAGUGGGUUCAAUACCUUGCCUGUAAUCUACGAUCGUGGUCUCCUGGGAGUUAUGCAUGACUGGUGUGAGGCAUUCGAUACUUACCCACGGACAUAUGACCUGCUGCAUGCAUCUGGUCUCUUUUCUACUGAGAGGAAAAGAUGCAACGUAUCUACUAUCAUGCUUGAAAUGGAUCGUAUACUAAGACCAGAAGGUAUAGUUUAUAUACGAGAUUCGAUUUCUGUAUUGGAUGAGCUUCAAGAGCUUGCAACUGCAAUGAGCUGGAUAUGUUUUCUACAUGACACGAAAGAGGGUCCUCAUGCUAGUUGGAAGAUCUUGAGAUGCAGCAAGAAAAGAUAACCCCCCCCCCCCCCCCCUUUUCUCUCAAAAUAGUUUAGUCCCACUGAAGUAUACCUGUAUCAUAGUUUUUGAGUCACGAACAGGCAUAGGCCGCAUAGUUGCAUACAAACAUGGCAAAUUUGAAGAUCACGCCUCCAUAGAUUGGAGCGUGGAAAGGUGAAACGUACUGUAUGUUGUAUCCCCGACCAACGGGGAAAAGUCGCCUUGUAACCAUUCAACCAAGAUCACCAUUGAUGCUUGUGUUAUUGAUCUACAUUGUUCUUAAUACCAGUGUUUGUGGAAUC